UAAAUUAACGAUCGGACUGCGCGAAUAAUAUCUCGCAAGGAUUCGGUCGAUUAAAGACAAUUUGUACGUGUGAAAAAAUUCGGUUCGCACUGGCUCGAGAUAUUCACUUGCCAAAAUACAAAACUGAAGUGAAGUCUCGUCUCCAGAGCUCCCCCGCUCUAUCCGCUAUCCCCUCUCCUGCCUUGUGAAGGGCCGAAGCGUCACAUCUUAAAACAUGUGUUAGCCAUUAUACGACUUGCUUUUUCGUGUUCCUACGGAACACUGCCAAUACUGAAAAUUUAUACGCAAUAUGAAGUAUAGAUUUUCAGUAGUAGCAGUGAAUAACGCAGGACUAGAGGAUCAGUUUUCAUUGGAAACUGUGCUAAUAAUUCUAUUAAAGAUUGUUGGGUACCAUCGUAAUGAUAAUAAUGGGGUCGGUGCGGAAGGGGGGGAAUUCAUCUAGGAUCUCGAUGUCGGAGGAUGGAGGUGAAAGUGGGGGUGGUACCUCUUCUGGUUCAGGGGAACUGAUCGGAGAAUAUCUUGAAGAAGGAGGGAGAGGUGUAAAAGGUCGAAAAUCAUACGCGGGAUCCUCGACGACGGAAGAAGGUGCGGGAUGUUGAGAAUCACACGCGGGAUCCUCGACCACGGGAAAAGGUGCGGAAUGUCAAGAAUCGCACGCGGGAUCCUCGACGAACUAUGUAAUUAAUAAUAAUAAUAUCACAAUACUUUUAUCAUGCAGUACUUAUUAGAAAUAUAUAAACUAAAACUUAAAAAGAAAAGAGAGAGGAAUACUUGUCGUCAGUGGAAUGAAAAUUAACUAAGUCAAUAAUAUAAAGUCAAAGUUUCUGGCAAAUUCAUAGGCUUAUAAAAUUUAUGUUUAGUGUCUCAUAAAAUACUCAUUGAAUAUAAUAGAUGAUAAAUUAUACAAUACAAAAUUUAAAAGAUUUCCGUUUUUUUAAGAAGAAGAAAUGGAUAAAAACAAAUCCAGGUACGAACAUCCAUUAGACAUACAAUAUUUAUCCAUAUAUUAAUUAUAUAAAGUGGAAGCAAAUGGACGUCCAUUGGACGUCCGUUUAUUAUUAGUCAGUAUGUGUCCUUGCAUGGACGUUCGUUUCAUUAGACGUCCGUUUUAUGUCUAUGGAUGUAUGAUCGAAAAAUGGAUGUAAAACGGAUGUCCAUAAGACGUAUGGUGCUAUUUGGGUUGUUAGCGUAAGGGAGGUGGGUCGAGUCAUCUGACUUAGAGUCGAUGGAGUUGAGUUAUCAGGGGUUGAGUGAGACACUCACUUCAUCAGCAGUUGGCACUAGGGGCCCACUUUAAACAGUUUGUCGUCGAUCAUUGAUGCGAAAGUUCGAAUAAAUCGCCGACCACUAAGGUGGAGGUCGGGUGCGGAAAAUAUGGCGCGCACUGGCUCUGAUCGACAGGAAUAAUCAAAACUUAAAUAAGAUUUUGUCACUUGCAGAAAAUGUGGUGUGCACUGGCUCUAAACUCCGAGAGCAAGUAAAAGGUUUUGUAAAAUAAGCUGCUCGCGAUUCUUUGGAUCGCGGUUUUAUAGAGGAUUUCUCGAAGGGAAGGGUUUGGAUGUAGGCAGUCUCGGUUUUGGAUUGGUAGGCCCUUCCAAAGCUACUUUUGGAGUUUGUUUAUUGGAAAAUUUACUUUGGUUACUGAUCGCUUAGGUGACCAAUCAAUGGCUCAUCUCUUCCAGUCUCCGCCCGAAUUACUUUUGGUUUUGAGUGGGAAUUUAGAAUUUUUAUAUUUUUAUCUAAGGAACAGGUGACAAGAAAAAAAAGGAAAUUUAUGUUCGUCUGUAAAUUGUUUGUAGAGAGUUGUACCUUCGGUUGUUAGUCGAGCGCGGACCGUGUUUUUGUUUCAGUGAUAAGUUUUAUAGUUUUCGAUGGUCUCUUGUUUGAUGAGUUUAAUUUUUCAAGUUCCAUCAUUCCCCCUUUUUUUUAUUUUUACAUUAGGUACCGAUUUAAGGCGUUAUUUAAGCAUGAUCCACUAAUGAAAAUAGCUGUUAUUUUUUAUUCCAAACUCAACAACGCUCAGAUUCCAAAGGAAUUGAAUCAUAUCUGACGGUUUUUAGAAACUAUUUAUAGAUGGAGAAACUCGUGUUUUUGUUUAAUGGCUAUACUUUUCAAUUUAUGUAUUUAUUGUUCUUUGAAAAUAAAAUUCCAAGUUGUCGCUAUAUCUCACGAACUUGCGCGUGACGAUAGAAUGAUCCUGUGCAAAUAUUUUUUGUUAUUAAUAACCGUCAGAGUACGAUUUCUCUUACUUAACUAUUUUUCUUAAAAGGCUCAGCAACAGGGAAAAACGUUAAGUCCGCCGGACAAAUUAUUAACGUUAAAGUACAUAAGGUUGGUUUUAAUGGAUCGUAUGUCUGCAUGUACUUGUUAGCCUGUGCGUAUCUGUUCGAACAUUGACUUAGGCCGCUGCGUAUACCGCGCUCGAUGAACAUUAACAUGUCUAUGUCCGUAAGUAGUUUAAAAGUAAUGUCGGUAUAUUUUAACAUAGCGUCCCACGUAAAACCCGGUAAUGUGUAAUAAUGCGAGACCGUAACUUUCAACACAUUUAUCGCGAAAAUUUUCAAAAAUGUUGGCUAACAACAAUACAUCUGUUUUCAAAUACAGAUCGCCCAGCGUUCGAAUAGAGAACCGAUCCCAUACGUUCUUGGCGUGCGCGUAAUCGCUCUCGGACACGGUAUCGCCCGUCAACGAACUAAAGAAUGAUUCGCGCGGUGGCAAACGCGUUUUCUCCAACUUCUCGACCCAGUCAAUGUACUCGUACGGAAAUACGCCUUUACGAGUCAAUAAAUCAAAUUCUUCGUUAGAUAGAUUCGAAAAUUCAUUACGUACAUUUUUUAAUUUUUCUUUAUUGAGAAAUGAUGUCAAUAUUUCAAGACUGGAAUUGAAAAAUUUAUACGAAUCUAUGAACCUUAAUUUUAUGUGACUUUAUGUCUAAUUUAUCAGCAGUACCUAUAACAUGCUUUGUGAAAGAAAUAUAUUUUUCUUUUGUGAUGGGGAAUACGCCGAUAUUCCAUUUGAAUACUGUAGCCAUUUUCUUGAUAAUGAAAUGUGAAUCGUAUCCGGAUAAAUUAUGGAAAAUAACCGGUACAACACAUUUUGAUAAUAUAAGUUACAAAGCGAAUGCGCGGGACCGCGAUAACGACCGGUGAGGUGACAAUGAUCACGCACUUGUGUAUCAUCCGGUGCAAACGGCUUAUCACAAGUAUGACACCGCAUCGCGCUACGAUAUGCCUCCCAAUGCUCUUUCGAUAAAGUUUCCAUGGAGACAUUAGCAGAUAAAAUUGAUUUUACACGAUGCGCUAAUUCUCCUAGUUGUUUAGCGAACCAUAUAAUGCAAUUUUCAUUGCGACGAAACCGAUACCCUGAUAACGCGUCAUCGUACGAACAAUGUAUGUAAUAUGCUAUGCUAAAUACUUGCUGACGAUGUUGGUAAGAGUAGUUGGAUGUUUCCAUAUCCUACUUCUCCGUCUUCUCUAAGGUACACUCCAAGUCCGCGUAGACAAACGGCACAUGUUCCUUGUUAUUAAUGUUGUUAAAGCUCAGCCAUUUCGAUUGUGUCUUUUACUCGCUUGAGAACUAUACCACCAGCGUCUUCUAAAAAUCUUCGCAGUUUAAUUGUAGUUCGCAUUGAUAACUGUCAAAAGACGCGUCGAGAUACAACGAACGGAAACAAAUUUGUUUCAAGAAUUUUGUAUUUCGUAUGCUCGCACGACGACUAGUAGCGCUUCAUUUAAUUGACACUUGCGAUAUUCUACCGAACGUAUCCCCUUCGAGCAAACACUUUGCUCAAAUGCGCAGCCGAACACUUUACUCGAAACCGAAGGCAAACAAACGAUGCCGCGCUUUAUACAUGAAUACGACCUCUGUUACAUACGAUUUCACAUGGCUCGCGUGUCAUCUGCUAGCGCACUCUCAAAAUUACGCGCCAAGAUACAACGAACGAAGACAAAUUUGUUUCGAGAAUUUUGUAUUUCGUAUGCUCGCACGACGACUAGUAGCGCUUCACUUAAUUGACACUCGCGAUAUUCUACCGAACGUAUCCCCUUCGAGCAAACACUUUGCUCAAAUGCGCAGCCGAACACUUUACUCGAAACCGAAGGCAAACAUACGAUGCCGCGCUUUAUACAUGAAUACGACCUCUGUUACGUACGAUUUCACAUGGCUCGCGUGUCAUCUGCUAGCGCACUCUCAAAAUUACGCGCCAAGAUACAACGAACGAAGACAAAUUUGUUUCGAGAAUUUUGUAUUUCGUAUGCUCGCACGACGACUAGUAGCGCUUCACUUAAUUGACACUCGCGAUAUUCUACCGAACGUAUCCCCUUCGAGCAAACACUUUGCUCAAAUGCGCAGCCGAACACUUUACUCGAAACCGAAGGCAAACAUACGAUGCCGCGCUUUAUACAUGAAUACGACCUCUGUUACGUACGAUUUCACAUGGCUCGCGUGUCAUCUGCUAGCGCACUCUCAAAAUUACGCGCCAAGAUACAACGAACGAACACAAAUUUGUUUCGAGAAUUUUGUAUUUCGUAUGCUCGCACGACGACUAGUAGCGCUUCACUUAAUUGACACUCGUGAUAUUCUACCGAACAUAUCCCCUUCGAGUAAACACUUUGCUCAAAUGCGCAGCCGAACACUUUACUCGAAACCGAAGGCAAACAUACGAUGCCGCGCUUUAUACAUGAAUACGACCUCUGUUACGUACGAUUUCACAUGGCUCGCGUGUCAUCUGCUAGCGCACUCUCAAAAUUACGCGCCAAGAUACAACGAACGAAGACAAAUUUGUUUCGAGAAUUUUGUAUUUCGUAUGCUCGCACGACGACUAGUAGCGCUUCACUUAAUUGACACUCGCGAUAUUCUACCGAACGUAUCCCCUUCGAGCAAACACUUUGCUCAAAUGCGCAGCCGAACACUUUACUCGAAACCGAAGGCAAACAUACGAUGCCGCGCUUUAUACAUGAAUACGACCUCUGUUACGUACGAUUUCACAUGGCUCGCGUGUCAUCUGCUAGCGCACUCUCAAAAUUACGCGCCAAGAUACAACGAACGAAGACAAAUUUGUUUCGAGAAUUUUGUAUUUCGUAUGCUCGCACGACGACUAGUAGCGCUUCACUUAAUUGACACUCGUGAUAUUCUACCGAACAUAUCCCCUUCGAGCAAACACUUUGCUCAAAUGCGCAGCCGAACACUUUACUCGAAACCGAAGGCAAACAUACGAUGCCGCGCUUUAUACAUGAAUACGACCUCUGUUACGUACGAUUUUACAUGGCUCGCGUGUCAUCUGCUAGCGCACUCUCAAAAUUACGCGCCAAGAUACAACGAACGAAGACAAAUUUGUUUCGAGAAUUUUGUAUUUCGUAUGCUCACACGACGACUAGUAGCGCUUCACUUAAUUGGUACUCGCGAUAUUCUACCGAACGUAUCCUCUUCGAGCAAACACUUUGCUCAAAUGCGCAGCCGAACACUUUACUCGAAACCGAAGGCAAACAAACGAUGCCGCGCUUUAUACAUGAAUACGACCUCUGUUACGUACGAUUUCACAUGGCUCGCGUGUCAUCUGUUAGCGCACUCUCAAAAUUACGCGCCAAGAUACAACGAACGAAGACAAAUUUGUUUCGAGAAUUUUGUAUUUCGUAUGCUCACACGACGACUAGUAGCGCUUCACUUAAUUGGUACUCGCGAUAUUCUACCGAACGUAUCCCCUUCGAGCAAACACUUUGUUCAAAUGCGCAGCCGAACACUUUGCUCGAAACCGAAGGCAAACAUACGAUGCCGCGCUUUAUACAUGAAUACGACCUCUGUUACGUACGAUUUCACAUGGCUUGCGUGUCAUCUGCUAGCGCACUCUCAAAAUUACGCGCCAAGAUACAACGAACGAAGACAAAUUUGUUUCGAGAAUUUUGUAUUUCGUAUGCUCGCACGACGAUUAGUAGCGCUUUACUUAAUUGGUGUAUCGUCGAAAAGUCUUUAUUGAAAAUAAAUUUGUGGAUUUCGUGUGGAUGGGUGAGGAGUUUAAAAAAAAUUACACGGAUUUUGAGCCGAGGAAUUUAUUCUUUAUUCGGCUCUAUGGGGAAAAGCCUUGCGGCAUAAAAACCCCAGAUAUUCGAGUUGAAUAUUAUGAGUUCACAAUGAGGUAUAAACAAAAACGAUAUUAUGAUACAAUCGAGAAAUUCGUAACGAGUAAUUGUUCGCUUAAUGAGAAUGAAAUUUUGGGGCCCCGAAUACGAAUGUUUGCAUAGCUUUUGCUUUGCGUGAGUGUAAUCCCGCAGGAAGAUCCCACGGGUGGGCAGAAGCCCCGUAUGAUUCACUUUGCUCGCGUCUCGUUUACUAAGAAAGAGAUCUAAACCGAUUGAGAGAAUCACGCUUGAUAGAACAAUCUAGAAUUGAAUGGAUGAAUAUCGAUAUGACUAUCACACUGUGAGGCUGAGAUGCACUCGCGAUCGCGUUCACUGAAAAAGUAAGUAGUCGCGAGUAUGUGGUCAUCUAUUUAUAUCGAUCGGCGAUACCCUUUGUCCGCCAAUCGAUUGUCGCGAUUUCUGAAAUGUCUCGGGAUUGGUCGUAGUUCCCGGCCGGUCUUCCUAGAGAUAUUAAAUAGUACUUACUUUAGUUGAGUUCGAGUUUGAUUUAGCCAAUAAAAAGUCAUAGGAGGUAGUCGCUGGUACUACUGAGGUUGACAGAGGCGGUCACUGAAUUUACAAUAAUUAAAUAAUAAAAAAAAAUUGAAGUUCACAAUGGCUUGAAAGAUACUUGACUAACACUUAAGACCGAAAAGUAUAAGUAUGAGACUGACUGUCGUGACAAUUGGUGACUGAGAAUGAAAAGUGACGAAAGAGUGAUGAAGUGACUGUCGACAAUAGUGACAAUUAAAGACUGACGCAAAAUGUGACAAAUAGUGACGUUCCGGCCUCUGUGCGCUAAUUUAAAUAGGGACAAAGGGAUCGAGCAAAAUCGGCGCUGCGCUCAGCGGCCGCUAACGCUCCGGAGUAGGGAACACGCGCGAAACGCAAGAGUCGGUAAGAGUGGGAAUGAUUCGGCGGCUUGGCGGGAACCGAAUUUUGGGGGCCGCUGAUAAGGAAUGUGAGACCAUCUGCACGUAUGCUCCGCCGAAUAUCUCGUCUAGCAUUUCACAAAUAGGCCUCUCAUCGUUGGUCCGGAAUAAAAUUUCGAUAAGUAUUAAUUUUAUAAACAGGAUCCGUGGUCGCCCUGCCGAUUGUAUUUUUUUAAGGCGCGACAUCUCGUCGCCGUCGCGAAAUGAAUAUCUAUUUUUCCUACGGAUUGUUUAUGCGAAACGUCUAGCUAUGGUUCACCUUUGUGAUCACUGAUCUUUUGACGCGCAGUCCGAAUAUUACGCGGAUUAAUUUCAUAACCGGGUUUGUCGUAUUGUAUUUUUUGAGGCGGGACAUCCUGCCGCCGUCGCGUUGAUAACAAAUUUUGUUUUUGGAACCGUCCCUUCGAUCUGUUGCUACAGCGGCGCCUCUCGGAUCGUGCGAAUCUUUAAGGGUUUAGUUUCGCUGACGAGAUAUCGUUUCUUUAAUAACAGAUUUUAUCUGACGGUUUACGUGCAGAGGGCCUUUACAAAUAUCCGGUUCUUAUUUAUUUUAAAGUUAUUUAAUCAUUGAACCCAUGAGCAAUACUGGUGGUAAAGAUAUUAACAAAAAUAGGAAUUUAGGAUUUUAAAUAAUUCGAUUGUCUAUGCGUUCGUGCCAAGAAGAAAGAUAAAAUAUAUAGUAUUAGAUAUAAUUUAAAGUGUAUGUAUAUGUAAUAUCGAUAUAUGGUUUUGAUAUAUAUGUGUACAUAAUUUUAAAGUAAGAUUAAGUUAGCGUUUAAUAUUUUAAUCAUAAUUAUUAUAGCGGUGACUUAAACAAAAGUAAGAGGCAUAUAAAUGCAUAAGUGAGUAAGAUAACUCAGCGCGUACAUCUGGACAAGUUUCGCGAGAAGAAUUUUGGACAAAAUUUUCCGGACGCUAGGACGUUACAACAUACUGUCCCUGAUUUCAGCAUUAUUUUUUCUGCGUCCAAGUGUACGGGGACGUACGAGUAUUUUAAAGUGAUUUUGGCAACGCCUUGGACCAUUACAUUGUUCCAAGUCCCGUAGGGGUCAAAGUAUUGCACGGUAUGGCAACGGUUGUCUGAGUCGAUUUUUUCAUCAAGAGUAAUGCUUCGAGUAGUAGUCUGGUUUACUCGUAUUCCAUGUAGAUAAGCUUCUCCUCCCAUAGAGAUAGUUUGGUCUUGAAACAUUUUUGAAACAAAAUUUCUUUCACUUUCUGUAAUCUAGUACUGCCGCUGUUUAUUUGUUGUUCCGAUCUUCGUAAUUGGCGUAAUGAUGUAAUUUUCCGAAAUCGAUGUUUUACGAUUUCAAGCGACUUUGUCUUAAGCAACUGACCCAACAGGUUUCCAAAAGUUAACAGCACUUCUUUUAUAUUCGAUUGGGAUUUCAUCAUUUACACAUAUCAUUUCCUUUAAAUAAUAUAUACAUAAUACGUUUUUUCUUCUUCUUUAUUGCCUUCUUCCUCUACUAAAUCUGCUUCUGGUAUAUUGAAAGAAUUUUCAAAGUCUAAUAACUCUUGCUCUUUAAUUUCAAAAUUUUUAUUAUGCAUUUUUUGUAACAUAUUUUUCACUUUCUCCUUUAUUUCGAUUUCUUGUCUUGUCACAGGAGUUUCUGUUAAAUUAAAAGUUGCUGCGGUGAACAGCAAACUAUUACAUUUCUCGGAUUGAAGAACAUUUUACCUUAAAAAUUGUAAGUAACAAAUUAAAAAUAUACAGAUAUAGUUUUAAAGUAUAAUUAGUAGUUGUAUUUGUUGUGAGCGUUUGCUUGGAACGGGAGUUCUUCCUGAAAGUAGUUUGGGAUUCGUCCUGCCUUAGGCUCGUGGUUAUUAAUAAGAUUGAACACUCUUAUUUAUUUGUCUGAUAAACUUUUAUUCUUAUCUUGUGUCAAGCUUACACUCAGCUAUUGCACGUAGCGGUAUCAGGUGUCACUCGCGAUAAGACUUGCAGUAAACCGACGUAGCUCGGACGUUGUUAAAUUACUCUCCGCCCGGUCACUGCGCGUGUUGACUUAUAUAGUCGGAUGAUUUGCUAGCUUAGCGCGAUUUUUGGAGGCCAGUGACUGGGUGCGUUGGGCAACUUUAGCGAGGUUGAGCGUUUCGACAUUGGUACGCGGUAGCCUCGCGGUUUACUUGUGCCGCGUAAGGCUUUUAUUUAGGUCGAUGCGGAACUGCAUUCGGGUUCCGCAUUGAAUUUUGCGAGAUCACGAAAGUUAGCAGGAACUUCCGUGAACACGGCGAAUUCCAAAGACGUUGCGAACGAUGACCUCUUUUGCAACGUCUUUCGUCACUGAUCUACGUUGUAGUUCGGGCUAUAACAUAUUUAAAAAAUAAUGUUUUGUAAUACACAUAUAAUAUUUACAUUAUAUUACUAUUAGCAUUAAAAUUAGUAUUUUAUUGUUAUCUUUAACAAGCAUAUAUGUUUUAAACCUUUUUUAAAUCUUGGUCCUCGAUAAGAAAUCUGAAUAAAAAGAUCUAAUAAUCUUACGUGUAUAAAUAUAUAUUUUGUCACUGGUUUUCUACAUAAAAGAGUUUGGUAGUAAAUGAUGAUAAAGUACCAAAAAUAUCUUCUUCACGAACUAUAAAAAAAUGUGACAAAUAAAAAUUUACAUCAUUAUUAAUUUUUUAAAAUUAUAAAAGUAAAAUUAUAAAUAUAGUAAUUUUUAGCUAUUAAUAGAUAUUUUUAAAAUGUCAAUACAUACUCACAAAAACACAUCCAGCGAUCAAAAGUACACGACUAAACGAUGUCACACAAUAAGAUAGCGCUCGCAAAGCGGCAGCAUUUUAUACCAGCGUUCUAACGAUAUCUAUAGUGUACUUUGAACAUUUCCGUAGUUAUUGAUCUUAAUUUUUGCAACGAUUCAAUCUCUGUCGCAAACUUGAAAUGUAACCAAACAGCUGUAGAAAAAUGACAAUUAUUGAUAAUAUACUGAAAUUCCACUUCUAUAUGAAACGAUAAGUAAUAAAUAAGUACAGCAUGCAUUCUAUAAAGCUACGCGACUAUAAUUGAUAACUACGAUCAAUCUUGUGGUACCUCAAAUUAGAAAUAUUCUUAUUUGAUAUUCUGCAUAUUUUAUGUAAAAAUGUUAAUAUUAUAUUAAUAUUAACAUUGUCACGUUCUGAUUUUAAUAUCCGUUUUGGGUCAAUACAUUUAAAUAAUUUACCCUGGGAUGGACAAGCUUGUGAGAAAAUUAAUCUUCACCGAAAAAAUAACGAAUUUUAUAAAUUUGAUAACGAGGAUCUGUUUUCUUGAUAUUUUUUAAAUGCGGAAAGUUAAUUUUAAAAUCAACCCUCUUAAGUUUAUAUUUAUUUUGUUCUAAAGGUUUUUCAGAAAAUUGUCAAAAGUUUAUCUAAUUCAGUUAUUAAUAUCAGAAGAUUUGAGAUUAUCGCGAUUUGAGAUUAUUGCUUGAUUAAUUUGAUAUCUCAAUCUUUUAAUUCUCAUACGUUUACUACUUUUUUGGGGCAUUAAAUAUUUUAGAGUUAGAUUUAAAUUUAAAAUUCUGUGUUGCCAUACCUGGUGAAGAGUCAAAGUUUAGGGGAUCUGUUGUCACGCUAACGUCAGCGACAGGACCCGAAAGAUUUGUCUCAAUGUUCUUGGCAGCGACAGAGUUUUGACUUGAUCUGUUGCCACUCAAAUGGCAGCAACAGAAUUAGAAAGGAAUCUUAAAUAAUCUUGAAAGAGAAGUCAAGUUAAUUACCUUUAUUCCAAAAAUCUGAUUUUGAAACAACAAACCCUAAGAUUUAAGACCCGGCUGAUGCUACAGGCUAACUGCAGAUCAAGAGAAUCGUUCGGUAAAACUAAGAUUUAAAAGUUUUGACGAUGAUUGAGACUAAAUUGUACUGAGCUGAACUGAGCUUAACAACUCUGCUUAACUGUUUUGAUUCCCUUAUUUAUACCUAAUUUCCCUUUACUUUUUUUCUCUACGCAAACUUAAUUCCUAGUGGAGGAGAAAGGUUUUGUCUCAGAAUGUAACCCUAUGCUCUAUCGAUUUUGAUUCCGAUAUCGACUUGCGCCUGGUAUCACCAGUAACCGAAUAAGAAAUCAAUACUCAUGCAUUUCAAUAUUAAGAUUGAGUUUAAAAUAAUUAUUGAAAUUUAAGUUUAGAUGUUCCCGCGUACGUUACAUCUUUCCCCUUAAGUCAUAUGUAGUACAUUAUGUUAUUACGUAUGAGCUUGGUCUAAAAAAAAAA